AUGUCGUUUGCCACCGCUCGUCGUAUUCCACCAGCUCUUGGUCAAGAAUCUGUAUGGGAUUAUCCUCGACCACCUCGUGUGGAAAAUACAUCUGAACAUAUUGAAGCUAUAAUUAGCGGUGUCAAACGUGUGGCAAAUUAUUAUACAAUUGAAGUUAAUGGUAAACAAGCAGAAAACGUAGCUUGGUAUUAUUCGAAACCAACAGGACCUGAGUUUUCUUCCAUUAAAGAUCAUGUUGCUAUUUACGUUGGUCCAAUGGAUGAAUGUUAUGUUGAUGGUGAACGUGUUGUACCACAACCAGGUCAAUUCUAUGGUGGAUGGAUUACCAAGGAUAUGGUUGAACCUUUUAAAGUUGCUACGGAUAAUCGUGCAUUCGAACUCAUUACGGGCAAAGGAUUUGUUAAUUUUACACAAACUGUACUCAGUGUUGGACAAGACAUUGUAAAAUCGCGUAGUAUCAAUGCUUCAGAUUUACUACCACACCCAACAACUGUGAGUCGAAACAUCGAUAGAUUAUUCAUAAGCAGAAAAUCGCAAUUAAUAAGCCUGUGUCAGAAUAUAAAAUCCUAUGCAAUCGUGGUGGACUUUUGGACAGAGUCACACACUGGUGUGAGCUUUUGUGGUAUUUCUCUUCACUAUCUAAACGAUGAACUUCAACUUCAAGCGUUUAUUUUGGGCUGCUAUCCAUAUGAUCGAGAUAAUCAGACUUCAACUCAAAUUCGACAAUUUGUUGAUAGUGAGUUAAUGGAAUAUAAUUUAUCACUGAACAACAACAAAUUUGUGGUAACUGACAACGAAAAUAAGAUGAAAUCUAGCUUCAAGGAUUCAUGCACUAGAAUCGGCUGCUCAAUUCAUUAUAUGAACAAGCAAUUAGAACACUAUUUUAUCACUAAUACAAUAGAAAAAAUGCCUGUAAACUGCGACUUAGCGCAGGAAAUGUUUGGUUACAUAAGAAAAAUCGUCAGUCACAUGAGACGAACACAUAAACAAACAAAAUUACCACGUAAACUUCAAUCCUAUUCUGAUACCAGGUUCAAUGGUGCUUUUUAUACAAUGAAUAUGUUUUUAAUGGUGUUUGAUGACUUAGCUGGUGUUUUAGAUCGAACAUUUCUAGCUGAUUAUAUGUUAAUAGAUAAAGACCUACUAGAGUAUGUUUGCUCAUUUCUAGGUCCGUUUGAAGAAGUGAUUGAAGAACUUAGUUGUGGCAAAAAGCCAACAAUUUACAAAGUAUUGCCAUUAAGGCAAUAUUUAUUAAAUCGAUGUAUUAUUAAUUCUGAUGAUCAUGAUGGAAUUCGUCAAAUCAAAACAUUUUUAGGUUCACGUCUUCAGGAUGUUUGGGUGUUACAGGAUAUACAUUAUAUUACUACAUUCUUACAUCCAUCGUUCAAAAAUUUUGAUGUUAAUUCUAUUUUGCAAGAGAGAGCUCUCAAUUUAGUGAAAAGCGAAAUUUUCAAACGACAGCCAUCGACAUCAUCAACUCCCUGUCCAUCAGUCGAUAAAACAACAAUUAUUACUCCUGAACUUAAUUCUCAACACAAAUCAUUAACAAACGUUCUUUCAAAAUGUUUUGAUUUACCAAAGAGUGACUUAAGAUUAUCAACAACGCCUGAUCAUGAAGUAGAUGAAUAUAUGAGCAUGAACGUUCAAAUGAAAGAAGGUGAUGAUAUAUUAUUAUUUUGGUUAGCACACAAGUCUAGAUUUCCAAUCUUAUUUUCGAUUGCGCAAGAUUAUUAUGCCGUACCAGCAGCCAAUACAACAAUAGAGAGACUUUUUUCAGCGUUGAAAAACACAGUUACGGAUAAACGUACAAGUCUUGGUACUGAAAAAAUAAACAAAUUAUUAUUUUUGCAAAAAAAUCUACUAUCAUUAGAAACGUUCGAUAAAAAAAUUCUUAAUGAGGUCGAUACGAAAAGAAAGAUGUCUGUUCAUGAUGAAACAUGUCUUACAACCUCGUUACACAAACAAGAACAACUUAGAACGUCAACAUCAGCAAAGAAGUUGAAAAAAGAUGAACAAGAUGAUAUUUUUAUUUGCGAUGAAGAUUAUGAAGAUUAUGAAGAUAAUGAAAACGAUAAAUUUUAG